AUACCUACCAUCAAUCAAGAGACUGCAAAAGUUGAACCUGAACCAAAUGAAACUCUUAUGAAAACUAGGUCUGGGGAAAUCAUAAGACCAAAUGAUAAAAAUAAAAAAAGGGUCUACUUUGGUCAGAAUAUGACCUGGAACUGGAUGGAAUUUCCUGGUAAAGGGGAUGGUAAAAUCAUUGAAGUAGGAGAUCCUGUUUAUGUGCUUCAAAAGGUGUCUUCUGCUGCCGAAGCAGCUGCUUGAACUGUGUAUCUGAAAUCUGUAUCGAUAUGCUAUAUCAUAAAUUAAAAGGCUAACAUGAAAUAAACUUUCUCAAACAAUAUUACCAAUACCUAUGAAGUUUGCUUUGCGUUGUUGUAACUAGAAAUGCAGAUAAUUACAAGUUGAGACUUGUGAUAAUAAGGCUUGCAAUAAAUAAGAGGUUUAUUUUUU